UCACGUGUAAUAUUGACUUAAAUGUUAGUGAAUUUCAUUAGAGGGGCGUUCUGGAUUAAUAUUUCUUUUUAUAAAUAGAAUUGAUGGAAUUUCAGGAAUGAGAAGAAAGAAGGAAAUUAUGUCCCUAGACCAUGAAUUUUUUAUAUAUUAUGUUGAUAAAAUCUGAAAGUGUUUUAAAUUUUUGAACAAUGUUGUUAGCUAAAUUGAAUUGUCAUUAGUGUCUUGUAGAGGCGUUUUUUAUUUGUUAGUGAAACAGACAAUAAAUACAAAUAUGAAGCAAUCACAAUUGUAUUAAUAACAUCAUGAACAUGCAUAAUUUGAACAUUACAUUAGUCCAAUGUGUUGCAAGGAUUCAUUUUGACGUACAAUUGUAGAAUGUAACAUAUCAUCCAUAUGUGUAUUUGGUGGAUGGUGUUAUUUGCACAAUGAUAAUCUUAAAACUUUUAAACCUAAAAUAUUCUGACAUUAAAUCAAUGAUUCAAACUUGAUUAACAUUCACUAAAUAACAAUUGUCACAAUGAUUUUACAUUUAACAAAGUCAAAGACAUUGAUUUAAAAAACAAAACAAAAAAUGGGUGCCACAUUAGGAAAGGUAAAAGACAAGCGCAGACGAACAUUAUCAUUUCGAAGAACUGGAGUUAGUGCAGAACCAGUAGUUUUGGAUUCAAGUUAUGUACCAAAGGUGGUUAAAAAAUCCAAUGAUGCAAAAAAACGCAUUCAAAGAGCUUUAGAGAAAAGCUACAUUUUCAAAGGCUGUGAUAAAAAACAAAUAAAGACGGUUAUUGAUGCAGUUGAAGAAGAGAAACACAAGGCUCAAGACAUCAUCAUCCAGCAAAGCCAAUUGGGUGACACCUUCUACUUCAUUGAAGGUGGAUCAUGUGACGUGUACAUCAAGCAGAGCGAGAAUGCAAACCCAGUGUGUGUGGCCAGCUACUCUGCAGGCGAUAGCUUUGGGGAGCUUGCCCUCCUCUACAAUGCCCCCCGCGCUGCAACUGUCAAAGCAACCACAGAUUGUAUCUUAUGGGCCAUGGAUCGUGGAACAUUCCAACAAAUCCUCAUGACUUCCACUUCUCAAAAAAGAAACUUGUAUGAAGAGUUUCUUGCAAGUGUUCCAUUGCUGAAGACUCUUGAUGCAUAUGAACGAUCUGCAAUUGCUGAUGUUUUGGAACCUGAGUAUUAUAAUCCUGGACAAUCCAUUAUUGUUGAGGAUACACCUGGAGACAAAUUUUACUUUUUGGAAGAGGGAACUGCUGAGGCUAAGACAAAAGGCCAAGUUCUAAUGAAGUACAAAAGUGGAGAUUAUUUUGGUGAAUUAGCACUUUUGAACAAUGAGCCCCGAGCAGCAUCAGUGGUGACAACAUCCAACUGCAAAGUGGUGUUUAUAGAACGAGAAAGUUUUAAGAGGUUGUUAGGAAAACUAGAGGAUAUUUUGCAUCGCAAAAAAUUAGAGUAUGCUACAGUUGCAGCAGCCAUUAGCUAAACCUUUUUAGUAUUAUUGGAGAAAAGAAUAUUAAAAAAAAAACUUUUCAAAAAUUGAAUCACAUAUUUUGUAAUUUCAAGGAUGUGAAUUCUUUAUUUUGUGAAAAUGAACUUCUUGGCCUUUAUUAAAUUUCUAAUUUGUGUAGUGAAACACUAUAUUGUAUUCAUACAACUCAAAUCUUGAUAUGUAAAUUCUUUAAAAAAAUCAGAAGCUUCACGUUAACAUGUUAA